CCGGAGGCAGGGAACAAGCGCUGCGGUAGCAGCGCCACGUUGGCAGAACUGCUCGACGAAAACACAGUUAUUUUAAAAAGUUUCGUGCCUCUCGCGGCUCUUCGAAGUCCGCAGUAUCGACGUAAAAUAAGAGAAAACGGUCAUUCACAUACAACUUAAGUAGCUAUCUGCACGUUUUCGGUUGUGCUAUUACCCUCUGGGGGAUUUGAACUGAGAGGCUAUUUCCAGGGAGACAAUCGGUGCAAUAAUCUGUCUCAGGUGCACAGGAACCGUCAGGAAAGAACUGGAAACAAUGGUGAAGAACGUCAACAUCAGUUCCGAAACUCAGCCGGGAGGUAAUCACGAGGAAGGGGAACCAGAAAUCACCACCAGCGAACCGGCUGGAGACGAUGGGAAGGAGCACCCCGUCGUGCAGCCAGGGAUGAUCUGGCGCGUGACCGGCGGCCUCUUCAACGCCACCAAGGGGGUGGUGGGUGCCACGGUGGGGGGCGUGGCCUGGAUCGGCGGGAAGAGCCUGGAGAUCACCAAAUCGGCCGUCAGCUCCGUCCCCUCCGUGGGCGUGGGUCUGGUGAAGGGAGGCGUGUCCGCCGUCGCAGGGGGCGUGUCCACAGUCAGCUCCACGGUAGCCAGCAAAGUGCCCUUCACGGCGAAGAGGAAGGACAAGGCCGAGUGAGGAGGAAGAGGAGGACCCCACCCCGAGUCACCCCUGAGCCAUAACACAACAGACUGAAGUUAUCCGUUUAUAAGUAUAGAUCCAAAGUAGGCCGUUUUUUCACUCCCAUUUGUCCGCUUAAGAGUGCCUUUUGACUGUCCUCUCUUCUGUUUAGCGUUUUAUCCAGUGUUGCUGUGGCUUGGCUUCGUACGUUGCAGGGGUUGGCUGGGUUUCACUCUGAAAAACAACCGUACAGCUUAUGCUGCGUGGAGAGCAGGUUUCCUUUUCAGAGGUCCAUCAGUUUUCAGUUCCUUUAAAGGGGGUUCAGAGGGGCUGUUGACUCAUAUUCACAAACCAGGCUCGUGGAUGGUCUGCGAUGGCAACUGCACGAGCGCUACAAUUUCAAAUGUUCAGGGUGCUAAACUGAGUCACUGAAGCAUGUGCAAGAUAUUGCUCUCACUGUUUUAAAGCUAACGUGACUCCUCUAACCUGUCUGAAAAACCUUUGCUUAGUUGCAUCUUGGAAUUCGCUUUCUUAAUUUAGCCCGUUCUUCUUUGACCUACGCAGUCCAAGGUCUGUGCUGUAGCAUUUCUAUUCUUCUCAUUUCCAUUUUAUCAAUGGUUGGUUUAGUAGGUAUGUGAUACAAUCUGAGAGGCGCCUAUGUCUACACAAAAGCAAAAAAAAAUAUUUAUUGAUUUUGACUUAAGGGCUUAUGUCUUUUCUCUCUCCUGCCACUUUUGUCAUUUUUAAAUGAAUGUGAACAUUUAUAUAAAAACUGCAGUUCAAUGCAACCAUUGUGGUUUGUCGCGCAAUCUUUGAAGUUGGAUGCAACGGGCAAAAUUAUUGCUGCAAUGGAUGUCCUGAAUUUGUACUUUCAAUAGAAUAAAUAUAAUAAAUA